GAAAGCAAAGCACUGCAACAGACAACUGUACAACAUAUAAAACAAGAGUUGCAAGCCCACCCCAUUUACUUUAUCACAGUUUCGAAGAUACUCAAGAAAAAAAAAAAACGAAAAAACGAAUUCGACAAUGGAGCGCGAAACGCAGCAGCAAGGAAUUCCCAACAACCCAACCGCCAAUCAAAACGCAGCUUUAAUCAACUCCUUUAUCGAAAUCACCUCUUCUUCCAAGGAAGAAGCCCUCUUCUUCUUAGAAUCCCACCAGUGGGACCUCGACGCCGCCGUUUCGACUUUCCUCGACAACAACUCCACCGCAACCACCGCUGCACACCAACCGCACCCGAUCGCACCUCCACCUUCCCGCGACCUCAAUAAUUCCCCUACUCCCUCGCCGUCCGAUUCCCCUGAUUACUCUCCCUCACAAUCGCCUUCCCGCUCUCGCUCCCCUUCCCCUGUCCGCCCCUCUCGUGCCCCUUACCAGCUGCGGUCCCGCCGCAACGCUGAUAAGAAACCGUCUGGUAGCAAUAACGCUCGUGGCGUUCGGACCCUCGCGGAUCUGAACCGGACUCCCCCUGGUGGGUCCGACAGCGAUUCGGAUGAAGCCCAAGACUAUUAUACUGGUGGUGAAAAAAGUGGGAUGGUGAUUCGAGAUCCUUCCAAGCAUAAUGAUGUGGAUUCGAUAUUUAAUCAAGCGAGACAAGCGGGAGCUGUGGAAGGAUCUGAUGAUUAUUUCCGACCAUCGUCGUCGAGCACGAGAAGCUUCACUGGAACGGCGAGAUUACUCUCUGGAGAAACUGUGGCACCUGCUCCCCCCCCACCACCUGAAGUUGUCACUCACAAUGUUACUUUUUGGAGGAAUGGGUUUACCGUUGAUGAUGGGCCGUUGCGUCGCUUGGACGAUCCUGCCAAUGCUUCCUUCUUGGAGAGUGUGAUGAACUCUGAAUGCCCGAAAGAGCUUGAACCAACUGAUAGGAGUACAAAAUUGGAUCUUCACCUCUUUAGGCGGGAUGAAAACUACUCUGAACCAAAGAAGCACCAAAGUGUAUUUCAGGGUGUUGGGAGAACUCUAGGCAGUAGCAGCAGCCCCAGCCUUACUGCAUCUGAGCCAACUGCUUCUGCCAGUAGUAUCAUCACUGCACCAGUGCCAUCUAUGGGCCUGGUUGUGGAUUCAUCAUUGCCAACAACCUCUAUUCAGCUGAGGUUAGCAGAUGGUACACGCAUGGUCUCGCGCUUCAACUACCAUCAUACCAUCAGAGACAUCCGUGGCUUCAUUGAUGCAUCAAGACCUGGUGGAGCAAGGAACUACCAGUUGCUGACAAUGGGGUUCCCUCCUGAACAACUGUCUGAUCUGGACCAGACAGUAGAGCAAGCUGGAAUUGCUAGUUCAGUUGUUAUCCAGAAAUACUAGCCAAGUUUUGCUUUUUUCUUUUACCUCCAUGACUUAUUGACUCCGUGAUACAUCAUGCCCUCAAAACAUUUAAGUCUACUUCUCAAAGCUGUUGGGAUUCAUGUGACAGACCAGAAAAUCUGCUGUUGAUUACACUAGAACUGUUUUAGUCAGUUUGUCAUAUUGUAGACUAAAUUAUAAAAAUGUAGUCGAUAGGUUACAUGAAAGAACACUUUCAGCCUCAUAUUUGUAAAACAUAUUGUUACUUUCAUAAUUGAAAAAUUGCCCUUGGGCGUUUGGUAGGUUGUUA